UUCGUAAUACGUCAGUGACAUCUCAUGGAGGAAAACUGUAAUACGCCAUCUUAUGUAGAAAGGCUAUAGUACGUCAGUGGCAUCUUAUGUACAGAGACUAUAGCACAUUAGUGGCAUCUCAUGGAGGAACAGUGUAAUACGCCAUCUUAUGUAGAAAGACUACAGUACGUCAGUGGCAUCUUAUGUACAGAGACUAUAGCACGUCAGUGGCAACUUAUGAAGGGAGACUAUAGCACGUGAGUGAAAUCUUAUGGAGAGGGACUGUAGUAACGAAGGAUUAAGAGAAGAGUUUCGAUAAGCAAAAUUAUUCUCCAUCAUCCCGUACGUUGUGUGUAUAUAAGAGACGAGGACGACGAAUAUAUCGAACAUAUUUCCACGAUAAAUUGCGUUACUCGAUUAUAAUCGACGGUACGACGGAUAAAGUUGUCGUGGAAGAAGAGAUGGUAACAAGCGGACGCUCAAAAGUUUUUAAGGAUACGAAGAUAUGUGCGGAUAUAAGAAACGCGUGUUCGAUACGUGGAUAAAUAUUCGUAAGAUUCGUGCAGCGCGUCAAUUUCAAUAGGAUCUAACCGAGCGAAAUUAUUUUUUAUCCGAUUUUGAGGUUAUAUGAGAUUUAGAACAAUAUUGCUUUAUUAUAAUUCGUUAUUUCGUUGAAGACGAAUUGAAUUAAUGUUGCAUUUAAUCGAUGUAUAAUAUAUGCGAAUAAUAUAGGAAAAUGAAAGUGUAGUGUAACUUAAAAUAAAAUAGAAAAGAAAUCGAUGAAGUAAAUAUGGAAUAUGUAACGUUAAAAAGAACAAUGAGAUACGUAAGAAGGAUGAGAUUGAACGAUUUGUAUUACGAAUUGACAAGAGAUUGGUCGAAUCUAUUCUAUUGGAAAAAAAGAAAAAUGCGACAAUCCUCAUUGGUCAUUCUCAUACGCUUAAAUGAUCAAGAUGUAAUCAGAUGCAACUUUGAAAGCGUUUCGAAUUUGCAACAAACUUAAACUGGAACAAGAAAAAUAUGCUUCUUAAAAAACAAAAGUUGUUCAAUAUGAGUCAAAUAUGGAAUAAAACGUACGUGUUUUGUUUAAUCCAAUCGUAAAAACGGUAUUAUACAUCGAAGCAAUUAUUUUUUUCACGAAUUUGAGAAUGAAUUUUCUCCGAUUAAUAUAAAUUAUUCGAACCACUGUGGCGCCGUUACGAGUUAAAGUUGGAUGGCGAGAGGGCAGCAUUUACGCGUUCCGCGAGUCGGCCAACCAUCGGUUCAAAAUACCGUGUAACACCAAGUCAGUUGUCAUGUUUUCGUCGUAUUGCUUGGAAGUAAGCUUUCGUUUCCACGAGCGAUUAGUCUUGUUUUGUUUGGAGUGAGUAGGAAGAAUUAAUUUCGUCUCUCUUCCUCCGAAGAUAAGAUAAAGUGAGUCGAGAUUUCUGAAUAUAAAAAUCAGCUUGCAUGGACCUUGACUAGCCGGCCUUAAUGCGAGGACUGCAGGCAAUCGGUGUACCGAGAAAAGAGAGAAAAAAUUAGAAGGAAGAAAAGAGAAGAAAAGACGAUUUUUUAUUCUUCGGUUGGUUUAGAAAGAAAUCACGUCCACGAGACAUGAGGUUUUCCAACGAAACUCGUCCGGUAGAAAAUCUUUAAGAAUGUGAAGGAACAAAGGAGCGCAAAUGCCCAACCAGGCACGGCCUCGUCGAGAGUGGUCUCCCCAGUCCCCUAUACAUGUAUUGUGGAUGCCCCGCUCUGCCAUGAGGCCGGCCGAGGGCGACACAUCGGACUGCAUCCUGGUUGUUGGAAUAUCGAGACCGAAAAUGGCCGCCGCCUUCCUCACCGUCGUCCUUCUCUCCCUUUUCCUCACGUUCCACAUCCUAUACGACAGCGCCGUGUACAGCCUUCACGCUGCCUCGGCCGUGGAGGGGCGCGCGGUCGAGCUCGUGUCCCAGGCCCGCGCCACGCCCCCCCUCCUCUUCUCGAGCAAGGUGCACUUCCCCCGCACGAGCCGUCAUCUGCCGCAGGCGAUAAUAAUCGGGGUGAGGAAAUGCGGGACGAGGGCCCUCCUCGAGAUGCUGUUCCUCCAUCCCCAGAUACAGAAGGCGGCGGGCGAGGUGCACUUCUUCGACCGCGAUGACAAUUACGGGAAGGGGCUCGAGUGGUAUAGAAGGAAGAUGCCUUAUUCGUUCAGGGGCCAGAUCACCAUCGAGAAGAGUCCGAGUUAUUUCGUCACGCCCGAGGUACCUGAAAGAAUUCGAGCGAUGAACGCGAGCGUGAAACUGUUGCUGAUAGUGCGGGAGCCGGUGACCAGAGCGAUAUCCGACUACACCCAACUACGUACGCACGCGGCCACCGCCUCUACUAUGACGAACGGCACGCCACGAACCGUGCAACAGCAGCAGCAGCAGCAGCAGCAGCAGCAGCAAGCGGCGCGCAGCUUCGAGGAGUUGGUGAUAAGAGCGGACGGUAGCGUCAACGAGUCGUACAGGCCGGUCGCCAUCUCCCUUUACCACACGUACAUGCACAGGUGGCUCGAGGUGUUCUCGAGGGAUCAGAUCCUGAUAGUGAACGGCGACCAGCUGAUCGAGGAUCCGGUGCCCCAGUUGCGCAGGAUCGAGAAUUUCCUCGGGCUGGAGCCGCGGAUAGGAAGGCACAACUUCUACUUCAACCACACGAAAGGUUUCUACUGCCUUCGAAACGAGACGUCGGAGAAGUGCUUGAAGGAGAGCAAGGGUAGACGGCACCCGCGCGUGAGCCCCGUGGUUGUCACCAAGCUGAGAAGGUUCUUCAACGAGCACAAUCAACGGUUCUACGAGCUCGUUGGGGAGGAUCUCGGCUGGCCCGAGGAAUAACCAUCGUAGAGAGGCGGUGGUGGAUCGAUCUCGCCGUAUCUCGUAUGCCACGUCGGGCCCCCAAGUCUUUCUUUUUCUUUAUUUCUUUCUUUCUUUUUUUUUUGCAACGAACGACGACGCUGUCCUCUGCUUCGACGAAGAUUCGAAAAUGGACGAGGGAGAAGAAGAAGGAGAACGAGGAAGAGGAUAUCUUCGUAUCUCGAGAGUCGGCCACUUUUCGACUCGAGAAAUUAAAAUUACGAUUUAUCUGAAAGUCUUUUUUUUUUUUUUUUCGGGAAGGGUGAACGUUACGAGAUCCUUCGGGAAACUUCUGAUGACGCUUCUCGUCGUGGGAAGGAAUUAAGGCUGAUCAAGAUAAGUACCUUUUAUAUUUUAUUCAGAUUGGCAGGUCAACAUCGAAAACGCACGGGUAACACGGAGUUAAGGUUUACUGGGAAGCGACAAUGUGCUCGAAUUUUUAAAAACGGAGAAAAAAAAAAGAAAAUGCAUUCUUCUUUUCAAUUUUUAAAUCGUCGAAUCAAACCGUUCUCUGACCGUCUCGUAUACGUUAUCUUAUUCGAGGAGAAUGAGAGGCUGCUUUCACGUUCGUUCAAAGCGGGGAAAUUGAUGAAUUUGUUCGUUAAUUCGUUCGACGACAAUGUUGGGAGGAAGAACGAAGUGAACGGAGAUACGAUGCGCGUUUUUCUCGAAUCGAGAAACCACCCCUCCUCCUCCUCUCGAUCUUCAGCUGUUAAAUCGAGUGGAUGCAAUUUAAUGAAUUACAGGACUCCUCGUUAUUAACAGGGAAUCGAGUCUCGUGUUCGCUCCUUGCGUGCCAAUUACUUCGAUACGUCGAUAUUUUCGAUCGAGAAAAGUUUCGUUCGUUUAAUCUUGAACCUCGUCUCGCGCUACGAAAACGAUGUAAGGCAGAUGCUCGCUAUCGAGUUAAACCGCUUUAUUCGGUUUCGUUGCUAGAAAAGUCGACAGAGCAAAAGAAACGUUAAAAUAGAAACCGAGCAUCGGUGUUAUUCUUCGGUGAAACGAGCGAAAAAAUUCGGGCGAAACACGCUUAUCUUAUCUUAUCUUAUCUCAUAAUGCCCACUUGAUGGCUCGUCGACCAAUGGCGGAUCAGCCUCGACGUAGUUAAUCUUUAUUAUUUAUUAUUAUUUACUCGAAACGGACUUUUUCUAUCUUCCACAUUCGCCAUUAGUUAUGAAACUAUGUAUUCUUAUUCAACCGUAAUUCUCGAUUCGAGUCGAUCUCAGGGAAGAAAUAAAUACCAUGAUCCAUCGAUUGAGAGAAAAAUAUAUAAACGAGAUUCGGACGACGAAAACAUUUACCGUAAACUGAAAAUUAAAUUUUUACUAUAUAUAUCCAAAAAAAGAAUAAUCAAAAGAAAUUGGAUCUUUGACAAGCAUAUUUUGAUGAAUUCUUCGUUAUUAAAACAAUUAUUAAAACAAUCCAAAGAUAACGUGAUAUAUCGCGCGCGAAACGAACGCGAGACUCUCUUUCCAUUUCCUUGCUAUUCUCGUCGUUCUCUCGUGACACGAACCGAUGAAACACCUCGCUCGAUGGACAGCCCAUUAACCACUUAGACACGACACGGGAUCGUUUGAACGAGACGAUCGGGGAGGGAAGAAAAGAAAAAAAAGAAUCGAUCGAAGCGUCUGUAAAAAUCUCUCGGUUAGGAUGAUAAUCGAUCCUUCCUAAUAUCGGCCACGUGCCACGAGAGAGAGAGAGAGAGAGAGCGAGUGGGUGGUCGGUCAGAGGCGACGUCUGUCCGUCGAUUCUCGUGGAACGAAUUCGAGCACGUUGUACGGCCGCCAGGCCAUUUAUUUAGGUCGAUCGAUCUCCGGUAAGAGUGCGCCGCAAUGAUCGCCAUCGAUAUGCUUGUGUGUUACCCGUUGCCUCCGCGUGGCUGCGAACCAAGGCACGUCUUGUUCCAUCCUACCGUAUCUACACGAUACACGUGCAUACAUAUCUACAUACGCUCUCUACACACGUUACACCGGACGGGAAGACAGGUUACUACGAUAGCAAUAGGCGGAUGGAACGGAUAAAAUUAGCCCGAAAAUAAUUUGUCCUAAAGUAUAUAUCCACGUCUCUCUUAUCCCCUUCCAACUAUAUUAGAUCGAUCGAAAAAUUCUUCGUUCCGACUUUUUUUCUAUUUUCCGUUCCAUCCUGACUGACCGACCGACCGACCGACCGACCGACUGACUGACCGACCGACCGACUCGCGGUGUGACGGAAAGAGACGGAGCGAAUUAAUGCGCCGGCCGAAAGAAAGAAAAAGAAGAAGAAAAGAGGAUAGAGUAUACAGGCGUGUAGAGUGAGUCGGCGAGGGAACGAUCUCUCGGUUUUUCACCGAGAAGAAGGGAAGGGAUGGGAUGGGUGGGGUGGGGUGGGGAGGGGGGACCGAGGUCGCGUUCCACGCGAUCCCCGCCACAUGGAUCACAUUGGUCCGUGAGUUAUACAUAUCGCGUAGGUUUAACUAGUUGGUAUAAUAUAUUACAGAAGAUUUAAUAUUUUUAUAAUCCACAUUGGAAGUUGUUAUAUAUACGAGUAUAAGCUUAUUAAGUGUACAGGGGGAAGAGAAGCUACACCCGUCUGUGUAUAUAGUAUAUAAUAUAUAUAUAUAUAUAUAAAAAUGGGGAAAGUGAGUGAGUGAGGGCCGCUCUGUGAUCCUUCGCUACUCGUUUCUUUCUUUCUUUCUUUUUUGCGCUUCGACAGGAGGGAGACGCGAGAAAAAGUGUAUAUAGCGCGUCGCGUAGUUUUCGUUGUUCUCUCAAAGGAUGCACGACUCGUGAGGGGAAUUGAUUUAUCGCUCGCUUCGAAUUAGGAACGUAAGCAAGCACGAAACGGAUACAUAUCAGUAGAAUGUGAUAAAAGCGGUGUAAUGCGAUUUUUUAUACCUCGUGUAAAUUUAUUAGGGAUAAUAUUAUAAGGUCGAGUAUAGUAAAUCCGGUAAAUCCAGAAUUUUAUUCGAGUAAACGGAGAUGGGCGCUUAGAUAUAUUUAUUGAUCGCGAUUCAUGGAAAUAAAAAAGAAGAAGAAUUUUUCAA